GCCAGACAUGAAGUGGUAUGACAGAAGUCUCAUUGAAGCUGUCCAUACUCUAGUAGGUUAAAACACGAAAAAUAAAUCACAGGAAUGGUCAGCGCUUAUCAGCGACAUUGAAAAACACAUCGAUGCUCAGAAACAAAAAACGAAUCUCUUGGAAAUGUCUGAAGAUGAAAUAAGUCUUCUGAUAACAAAUUUUUCCAAAUUUAUAGUUCCAGGUAGUACAUAUCAUGCUAUGCUAGUCAAAUUAAAUCAAAUACUUACUAAAAAUUUAUACAACUCUGUUGAACAUUACAUGACAUUAAAACAACCUACAACUAUACCGAAUGUGGAAAUUCAUGGUGAAAUUUUUUUAUGGAAACAAUGGGAACAAGAACGAUCAGAUCGAUCUUUUAAAUUAACCCCUGGUGCUUAUCCAAGUAAAUCUGAUUUUAUUACAGGAGAAGCAAAUGAAGCCCUGAUGGAAUUAUUUGAAAAACAUACAGAAUUUCUGUAUAAAAUUUCUUCACGUUAUUUUAAUCAGACAUUUCAAAGCUCUUAUAUUCGUAGGAAACUAUGGAGUAUUAUACUAUUAUCCAAAUGUAAAUCUCAAAGAUCUAAACUAGAACAAAUGAUUCAAAAUUUCUCUCCUAAUCAAGAUGAACAUAUCAUGGUAGAAUGUAAAAAUUUUCUAAACUCUUGUGCUUGUAUGUCUUCUAUCAAAGAUUCAGUUGGUUGUUUAUAUGCAAUGAAGUAUUUAUUAAAGUUUUAUCAAAAUACAAUGACUUCAAGUGAACAUAUCAAACUUUAUUGCAUCAAAAUUGCUUCCGUACUAGUUUUGGCUAUGAAAGAUUAUUUAUCAAAGAAUCAACCUCCUAAUGUGGAAACUAUGAGUGUAUUGAUUCAAGAAUUUUUCGCUUUACUUUCCACAUUCCCAUCACUUAUUACACAAUUACCAGAAAGUUGGUCAACUCGUCAAUCGUUAGACAAAGUGAUCGAAUAUCAAACUAACAAGACAACAAGUGGAUCUAAUGAAAUCGGUAAUAGUCAACGGAUUAAAUUCAGUCAAAGUGUUUUAAAACAAUUACAAUGCGUUGAUAGUAAUAUAGCUUCUUCAGUUGUGAAACAAGUGCUAUUUGUCAAAGAUAUUGAUAUCAUAUCGAAUUUAACAACUGAAGAAGAUAUUUGUUCAGAAGUCUUCUAUACAUUUAUCAAACCAAUUGUGAGAUCUGUUUUCAUUGGUUAUCUAUCUCAAUCAACUUUAUUGUAUAUAUGGGAUCAAUUAAUGUUGUGUAUUGUUGGUGCUGAACCGAUCCAAUCGAAUUUCUUACAUAUUUUAAGUUGUUUCAUAGCUAUUUUCAUUUUUCUAUGCUGGAUAAGAAUUCCUGCUCAUUUAAUGUCUGAUAUAAGCCAAUGCGAUCAGAACAAUGAAGUCAGUGCGAGAAUAGAAUUAAGUAAGAAAGAAAUAAGUUUAUUACAUGAACAAUUCCUUAGGAUUGGUUCAGAAUUACAAAUUGCUGAUUUCCAAUUUUUAAUAAAGAAAUAUUUUUUCAUGGAUAUAUUCUGUCUGUUAACUGGUACACAACAACAAUACAAUAUCAACAAUGAUUAUCUUGCAUCGAAUGAUGAACUCCUAUUGACAUCAACUGAAUGGUCAUCAAUUUUUCAGAAAUCCUGUUUAAUAGAUCCAAGUAAACGGAAAGAACAAAGAUUAUUACGUUUCUCUGAGUUAGAAAGAUUACGUAAUACUGAAGAUCGUCUCAUGAAAAUGCAACAUCAAUUAGACAUUUAUAAAAUUAGAUUAAAAGAAGCAUCCGAUGAAAUUUCGCAUAGUAAACGUUUAAUUAGUCAAUAUGCUCCAAAGAAAGAUUAUUUACCUGAUAAGGUUGACGAACUCAUUGAUCCCAUGAUGAAUAAUUCAUCAAUAAGCCGAGUGAAAUGGAAAUCGAAUUUGCAUAAACUAACACUAUUAAAGAAUGUUGCACAGAAUUAUUUUGGCGUAAAUACUGCUGGCAGUUCGAAUUCUUUCAAACAGUCGCAAAUUAUGCAAACUGAAAACGAUUGA